AUGGGUCACCCAGCAGGUCUCCGUGCCGGUACUCGGUAUGCCUUCUCUAGGGAUUUCCGCAAGAAGGGUAUGAUCAAUAUGACUACCUACUUGCGCCAAUACAAGGUCGGAGAUAUUGUUGAUAUCAAGGCAAACGGUGCCGUUCAAAAGGGUAUGCCUCACAAGGUCUACCACGGAAAGACUGGUGUCGUCUACAACGUCACCAAGAGCGCAGUAGGUGUCAUCAUCUACAAGAAGGUCAAGCACCGGUACAUCGAGAAGCGCGUCAACCUCCGAAUCGAGCACGUUUCCCUUUCCCGAUCAAGAGAAGAGUUUGUCCGCCGAGUCAAGAAGAACGCCGAGUUGAAGAAGCAGUCAAAGACGGACGGAACACACGUGCACUUGAAGAGACAACCAGCCAUGCCAAGAGAGUCGCGAACCAUUUCGAUGAAAGACAACGUCCCAGAAACCGUUGUACCGAUCGCGUAUGAGACAACUAUCUAA